AUGUCCAAGCUCAACCCGAACGCGGGCGAGUGGGUCCCCACCUUCUCGGCGCCCGCAGCUUCUCCGGCCAAAUCUUCGGCCGCCGCGUCCCCCGUCAAGGAGCCGGCGGCGCCGGUUGUAGCCGCAAGGCCAACCAAUAGCAAGACGCCGCUGGAGCGCGCCGCCGAGUUCGGCCACGACGCGGCGCUGAAUGAGGACGGAGAACCCAUUUCCUACGAGGGAUACUCGCCGCUGCACGACAGGUUCAUCUACUCGAAGGAGUACUUGCUGGCGUUUCGGCCGCUGGGUGAUCGCGUGCUGAAGGGCAUCCCCGACGUCGUGCGGAACCCCUCACCGCCGAAAUUCCAGCCGCUGUAUGAGAUGAUGCCGGAGGACUUUACGUGGGCCGACACGAUCGGAGCUGACGCUGUUAUUGGGGAUAACAAGAAGGCCAAGAACAAGAAGGACAAGAGCCGUCAGCAACGCGGGAAUGUGAUGUCGUACGACGCUUCCUUGGUGUGCUACUUCAACCCGACGGAAUACGCGACGGCCAUGAAUAUGGGGCUGUACACGGGCCCGCCAGCUGAGGAAGCUGCGAGUGGCGCUGACAGCAAGAACAAGGCGCCUGUCAUCGAACCGGUCAAUCCGGUCGAAGAAGCGAUUAUUGCGAAGCGCCGCAUUGCGACAUUGCUGGAUGAUGUCAAGCCAGAUACCGUGAGCUCUAUCCUGGAGUCUUUCAUGGGUAUCACGAUCAGUUGCACACAUACCCUGCAAGAAAUUAUCGGACUGCUGUUCGAUCACGCAAUUGCGAACCCAUCAUUGAGCAACUCGUACGCAAAGUUGUGCACGGGAAUGUCGGAGCGCACGCCAGAGUUCAAGGAUGGUGCAAAGACCAUCAACUUCCGGCGGAUUCUCCUUACCAAGUGCUACGAAUCGUUGAUUGAAGAGCCCGAUAAUCAGCCACUGCACUUGUCCAACAAAAAGGGAGGAAGCAAUGGUCAGAACGGAGCAGCGCAGCAUUCCUGGCGGCGAAAGUGCAUGCUGCGAAACGUUGGCUUUGUUGGUGAACUGUUUCGGCGGCAGCUGCUUACCGAGAAUAUCAUGCAUGUCUGCGUUGCGAUGAUGCUUGAUGACGAGGUGAAACCUCAAGCCGAAAUCAUUGAGGCUGCGUGCGGGCUUCUCAAUCAGGUCGGUGAUUUGCUAGAUGGAUCAAGUCCAGCCUCUCGGCGAACAAUGGACGAGUAUUUCGCGGUCUUGGUGCGAAUUCAAGAGAACUGUCCUCUCCCGGACCAUGUAAAGAAGCUUAUUGCUGAGCUAAAGACCGUGCGUGUGGGUGGAUGGAUAAAGAAUCGCCAGGAAAACUCUUCUGUAUCAAGCACACCUGCUGCAUCUCCAGCGAAACUGACGGAUUGUGAAAGCAAUGGAACGGCCCAAUCCCCCCUAUCAAUCUCCGAUUCGGUGCCAGCCCCCACGGCCGCGGCUGUGUCCUCUCCAUCCAAGUCGAGGGACGCUUAG